GGAAAUCUCGGAAGGCCGGCGUUGGCACUGGUUUUCAACGGCAAGGGGGGUUUUAGCGGCAGGAAGUGGAUAAUAAAGAGUCCUUAAACCCUGCGGAGAGGAGAAAUGGAUAUGGCUGCUUCACCACUCUCCCUCAAGCCCUUCGUUUCUUCCCAUUCCAUUUGCUUCAGCCCGACGAAACUGCAGGGUUAUCCUCCCAAUGGUGUUAAAAUCCACAAGAGGUUGGAAGUGGUGGCUAAGGGUAUGUUGCCACCAAGGAAGUUUAUGCAGAAGAGGAGGAAAGUGGAGGUGUUCAAGGAUUCUGCUGAUGAAGCGGAUCAGAAGAACUGGCGGAAACUGAUGAAGCAAAUUGAGGAUACAGGGUCGGCUGUUUCAGUGCUCAGAAGCGAGAGGAUUCAGAAUCAGGAGAUUCCACGGGACCUGGUUUUGGGUACUGUAAUGAGAUUUAAGCAGCUGAGGAAAUGGAACCUCGUUAUUGAGAUUCUGGAAUGGCUUAGGUCACAGCUAUGGUGGGAUUUCGGCGAAAGAGAUUUCAUUCUGCUGAUUAUAGCUUAUGGGAAACAAGGAGACUGCAACAGAGCUGAGAAAGUUCUAUCCUUCAUGAAUAAGAAAGGGUAUCAACCAAAUGUUGUAUCCCACACCGCACUUAUGGAGGCAUACGGGAAAGGUGGUCGGCUAAAGAAUGCUGAAGCCAUAUUUCGAAGGAUGCAGUCUUUAGGUCCUGAACCUUCUGCUUUGACAUAUCAAAUAAUCCUCAAGACAUUUGUUGAGGGAAACAAGUUCAAAGAAGCUGAAGAAGUUUUCCAGAGUCUCUUGGAUGCGGAAAAGCCACCAUUGAAACCAGACCAGAAAAUGUUUCACAUGAUGAUUUACAUGUAUAAGAAGUCUGGAAACUAUGAACAGGCUCGUAAGCUCUUUGGAAUUAUGGCGGAGCGUGGAAUUCCUCAGUCAACUAUCACUUACAAUAGUCUGAUGUCAUUUGAAACUAAUUACAAGGAGGUCUCCAAAAUCUAUGAUCAGAUGCAAAGGUCUGGACAUCAACCUGAUGUUGUGAGCUAUGCAUUACUCAUCAAUGCUUAUGGGAAAGCUCGAAGAGAAGAUGAAGCUCUCGCUGUUUUUGAGGACAUGAUGGAUGCUGGUGUCAGGCCAACGCACAAAGCUUAUAACAUUUUGCUUGAUGCAUUUGCUAUCUCUGGAAUGGUAGAGCAGGCUCGGACAGUGUUCAAGAGCAUGAGAAGGGACAGGAUCACUCCAGAUCUCUGCUCUUACACAACAAUGUUAUCAGCAUAUGUCAAUGCUUCCGAUAUGGAUGGUGCCGAGAAGUUUUUCAAGAGAAUCAAAUACGAUGGACUGAAACCUAAUGUAGUCACCUACGGGACGCUGAUCAAAGGGUAUGCUAAGGUAAACGAUCUCGACAAAAUGAUGGAGAGAUUCGAAGAAAUGCAGUCGGAUGGAGGUAUCAGACCAAAUCAGACCAUCUUCACUACUGUAAUGGAUGCUCAUGGCAAGAACAAGGAUUUCGCCAGUGCUGUUUCUUGGUACAAAGAGAUGGAGUCACGAGGGCUCCGCCCUGAUCAGAAGGCAAAGAACAUUCUUCUGUCUCUGUGCAAAACGGAAGAUGACCAAAAGGAAGCUGCUGCAGUUACAGGGAUUGCUGAGAGCGCUGUAACUUCUCAGGCCAUUAACGGAUCACCUAGGUUUGCAGAUGAUUCUGAUGACGAGGACGACGAUGAUGAUGAAUAUGAUGAAGACGGGGAGGAUGACUAUGAUGACUUCGAUGGUGAGCCAAAUUUGGGCGAUGAGCAGGAAGGACUUAUACUUUCUGGUAAAGAUGUUGGGCUAAAUGUGGAUGGCCUGCAUAAUCUGACUGUUCUUGAUUUGUAAAUUCAUGGUUAGGAUUUUUGGUUAAAGUUAAGUUAUGUAUUUCCCUCCAAAAAGGAAGAGAGUAAAGAGUGAACGUGUUUAGCUUUUCAAACAUGUAUUACCAUUGUGCUGUACAAAUUUUGCAUAGAGCUCUGAAAUUCCACCUUGUUUAUCCGGUUGUGAUAUAAUGAUGCAAAGAUUCGGGGUAAAUAAAGCCACCAUUGAUCC